ACGAUGUGGAAAGGUUGCGUGGCAGCGGAUUUUAGUUGGCGACCGAUUUUUCCAAUUAAAUCUUGAUAGUAUGCACGAGACAGAUAUGUGGAACAAGGCUUCAUUUUUGACACGUCUCGUCGCAUCUUCAGUACGAGUUUCAGAGGCUGCUGGAGCUACCAUCAAGAAUGUGAUGGCCGGAGGCGACUUGAAAAUUGUCGACAAAAGCGCUGAUGGAGAACCGGCAGAUCCGCAGACAGAGGCCGAUCGUCGCGCACAAUUUCUUAUCGUAAAAUCAUUGUCAGAACGUUUCAAUGGUAUACAUAUCAUCGGAGAAGAAGAUAUCCAUGCUGACUCUGAUACUGUAGAGAACACAUUCUCUGCUGACGUUCUUCGGGUAGAAGACGAAAUAAGCACCGAUCUAAAGUCAAUAAAACCUGAAGAGGUUGUGGUUUGGGUUGAUCCUCUAGACGGCACUUCGGAAGUGGCCUUCGCUGUGAAAAAUAAAGAUGAAACGUUGCUCGAGCAAGUUACUGUUCUAAUCGGCAUUGCCUACCGAGGGCGACCAGUGGCCGGUGUUAUACAUCAACCUUAUCAUAAAGGAUCUGGUCGUACUAUAUGGGCUAUAAAAGGAUGUGGAGUACAUGGCAUAGUACCUGCAAAUGCUCAAACCAAUCGAGUUGUCGUCACUACUAGGAGUCACCUCACUCAAAAUGUUCUGGAUGCACUGAAUGCGCUCAAGGAAAAGGGCUUGGCGAGCAGUGUGGAACAGUUCGGUGGAGCCGGAUUCAAGGUACUAAAAGUCUUGGAAGGCUGUGCUGCGUACGUGUUCGCUAGCCAAGGAUGUAAAAAAUGGGAUACAUGCGCGGUCGAGGCAGUUCUCACUGCUGCAGGUGGAAGACUCACAGAUAUAUCUGGCAGAGAUUUACAUUAUGACGCUGAUGUUCAACGUAAUAACACGGGUGGUGUGGUAGCUUCGGCUCCUUGGGUAAAGCAUGAGGAUUAUAUCAACUCUAUACCACAACCACUCAAGGACCAGCUACCAGAAGUCGCUGCUAAAAGAUAACAAAUCAGAUUCGAUGAAUAAGGGUCACAUAGAAGCAUUGCUUUACACAAAACUUCUCAUCUUAACACUGGUUGGUAGGUUAAAUUUAGAAUUCAUACUAUUUUUGUGAACGGGACACAUGUAGGCAUUCUGUAUACAACAUUCUGUGAUUGUUUAAUUAUCU